AUGGGAUGUCGCGCACAUAUGACGUCCAUACACAAAUACUGAACCCGGGACAUAACAUAAACAUUUAGAUUAUACAUAAAUAACAAUAAUAAUAAUAAUUUAAAUUGUUCAUGUAUUUAUGUCCAUUAUUAUUUAUUUGGACUUAAAUGUACUCCUUAUGUUACACACGUUUUUCUUUGGUGUAGUGUUUGUGUGAACCACUAGAUGUCGCUACUUUAGUCUCCGCGACAAAUUUCAUCUGCACAGAUUCUUCGGCUCGGCAUAGCCAUUCGGUCGGGAGCGUUCCAAAAGCAGUUAAGGAUUACUGCUACUCUCCAAUAAGGGCACGUUUUUAUUGGGGCUUUUAGUCCCGCGAGCCGUUUUGAGAUGGCCGAGUAUACGCAGAAGGGUAUAUUGACGGCUGUACUGUUCUUUUCGGCCAUCACUUUACGAGACAUCUACGUCGGGAGAAGCCAGACCCAGCAGCAGGGUCCGCAGGCCUCCGAAAGCCUCGGCAUGGCCUCUGACAGCCUGCCGGACGCCGGCACCGUGAAGCCUGGGAAGCCCUCACUGUACACUGGGCCUGUGUUGAAAUUUCAAUACUGUAUUUCCUGAGGGUACAGCAAGGUGUACCAGGAGUACUCUCGGGCCAUCAGCCAGUUGUACCCGGACAUCCGUAUCGAGGGAGAGAACUACCCUCCAACACCCACCAACAGGUAUCUAGGUAACUUCUUCGCCUACUUCAAGCUGCUGGCCAUCACUCUGGUAGUAAGUGGCCAGAACCCCUUCCCCAUCCUGGGCCUGGCCACCCCGCGGGCCUGGGUCUGGAGUCAGGAGAACAAGAUCUUCUCGUGCCUGAUGGCCUUCUUUCUUAGCAACAUGUUGGAGACCCACUUCCUCUCCACUGGGGCAUUUGAGAUCAUGCUCAAUGCUCUGCUGUGCAGUCGGUUCCUGGUUCUGGCGGAAUGUAUGUCUACUGGCAUUAAUGAAGGCCGGGCCUUAAAGCAGUCCUCUGUGUGGCCCGGCCGGAUGUCCCCUGCCAUUAAACCAGCGCUCCAUCUGUCCCAGGUAUCCUCUCCAUGGCAGCGCUGCUGUUGUGGAAAAUUACAAUUAUAGUACACAUAUUCAUCACAUGUGAGACAUCCAAACCUCGCCUCGGUAUGCAGUUCAAUAUUUCAGGUUUGGCGAGAAACUGACACCAUGUAUAAUGUGAAUCACACCCGAGUGUACUUCUUGCAAGUGCUGGAAAGUGAUUCUCAUUUACAUAUUUGUUUGCAACAACCAAUGUUUUUUUUUAGCCAUUUUUGUUCCACUGCUACAUUGUAUAGAUGGGUUUUUAGUCUGUGUAUAAAUGGGGUUUAAUGCACUGGAUUUGCACAGAAAUGCUUUUUUUUUCUUUUUUUUUAACAAUGGAAAUGGGUGUUUCUUAUUAAGAUUAAAUAAUUACUUGGUCAAAAACACUAUUGGUUAUUUUGCUCUGCAAUGGCGUUUCCCCUCUUCUGGUAACCGGGUUAGGACGUAAAAUUACUUUUUAAUAAUACUAUAGCUCCACACUCUCCUUGCUGAGGCCCUUGUGUCAAAAUUAUUCACACACUCUAGUCUUAAAGGGACAUCCUACACUAUCAGGGAUCUUUACCGUGCUCUGUUCUCCCAAUGCUAUUCCUUUAUCUGUAUUCCAUCAUAGGUCUUCAUUUUUGCCGUAAGAGAUGGAUGAGAGUAAGCAGACAACAGUGACAGCACCAGAAAGGGGCUAUGCAAUUAUGGUAUCUGAUUGAUUGAGCUGAGCAAAUUUGAGCUAAUCGUUUUGUAGAGUAGCAGUAUCUUGAUGGUAAUGUUUCUGAGAUUUUAUUUGGUUGCUCUAUAAUGAGGGUGAUGGAUUACGAGAGCCUUAACCAAUCGCAUCAUCCCUAAUUAAACAUUGUACAUUUAUUUAAUGUGUUUGUGUCAUUAUGUUCAUCAGAAAUAAAGAAGGAACUUGAAAACCAA